UCCAGACAGACCCUGGUUGUCUGCUCAUCUCUCCUCACAAUCGAAAGAUGGCUAUCUCAGACCUGUUGAAUCGGCGUGUGCGAGCCGUGGCUGAGGAUGACGAGGAGAUCUACUCGGACCAGUCUGGGUCAGACGUGGCGAGCGACGAUCUACGUUCAGCCGAGUCGGGCUCGGAAGAUGCCAGUGAUGGUUCACUAGACGAAGAGGAUGAUGAUAUGUCCCAGAAUGGCGAGAAUGAUACAGAUGAAGAUGACGAGGACGACCAAGACAGCCAAGACGACGACGAUGACGACGCCCCUCAGGAUGAUGUUCAGGCUUCACUAAGCAGCAUCUCGUUCGGUGCGUUAGCCAAAGCGCAAGCCUCUCUGGGACCCAAGGCGAAACGGUCAUCCAAAUCCACCAAACCAGCAGAAGACCCCUCAGCCUCUUCCCCCUUGGACGAUAUCCGAGCUCGGAUUCGGGAGGCACGCGAACAGAAACGAGAAGGGCUGUCGAAAUCUAAAGACUCAGAGAGGCCCUCUCGUUCCUCCAAACAUGCCCCCGCCGUACAAUCCUCCAAGUAUGCUGUCUCGCGCAAGCGGACAGUCAUCGAGCCGCCAAGUGCGCCCAAAUCACGAGAUCCACGGUUUGACCCGACUGUGCUGAGCCAUGGCGGUCGCAGGAACCCUCAGGGGUCGAGCAAUGCAUACGCUUUCCUGGAUGAGUAUCGCGCCGAUGAACUGAAGCAGUUGAAGGAACAAUAUGCCAAGACGAAGAAUCCAGAGCAGAAAGAAGCUCUGAAAGGUGCCAUCCGAUCGGCCCAAGAUCGUCUUCGUACGAUGGAGAACAGAAAGCGAGAGCGGGAGAUCUUAGCGGAGCAUAAGAAGAAGGAGAAGCAACUCAUCCGUGAAGGCAAGAAGAGCAACCCAUACUAUCUGAAGAAGUCGGAUCUCAAGAAGCAGGUGCUGCUCAAGAAGUACGAGGGUAUGAAUUCCCGGGACCGCACCAAGGCACUGGAGAGAAAACGAAAGAAGACCGCGGCCAAGGAACGGAAAGAGAUGCCAAUGGAGCGCAGAGGCUUGAGCAACGACGAUGGGCCAAGGAGCGGUGGAGGCGGCGGCGGCGGCGACUGGAAACGUCGUCGAGUGGCAUAGAAUGCCAUGACCGCGUUGUCUGUCUGGCCUUGGUGAGGUUGAUCAUGUUAUUGUACAUAGAGUUUGCGUCUUCACCCCGCUUCGUCUUCUUCUUACACAGUCCCCUGGGACCCAAUUUUUACGAUGACUGGCCAAGAGUCGGUUGACAAACACGGUAUUACUUAUCAUUAUCCAGUUCCGAUUCAACCCUCCGAAGCGUAUGUGUGCCUAACCC